AUGGACAGCAAGUCAUCCUACCUCUCUGACCCCCGCUGUCAAUGUGACUUUGUGGUAGCCACCACUCAGGCCAGCAUCAACUCCGGCCUUCUGGAGUAUUUAGAUGAAGGGACCCAGCCGAUCCAGUACCUGUGUUUUUUGGAAGAUGACAAGGGCUUCCCGACAGAGCAAAUCAGCUUGGAAGAGUUGAUUAAUAAAAGCAAGGGGGUCAAUCCCUUUGACAUCCCCAAAGACAUCGACGGAAAUGACCCACGGCUGGACGCACUGGCCGACGCCGGCUUUGCUGUCGGCGUAAUGUUGCAGAUUGGCAUGCCACUGGGCCACACGCCCAAGACGCUGCCCCCGAUCGUCACCCUGAACAGCGCUGACAAUGUCACCUUCAACCUGUUCUGCCGACAGGUCAAAGUUGUCUCGAUCAGGUACGCGCGCAGAAACAUCAUCUGGAACGUUUUCCAGCAGCCCGAAGGUCCUGCCGGUCAGCCCUGGGCCAUGAAAAUGUCCGUCAACCUCACUGUGGCAGGUCUUGAUAAGGAGCUCGACACUCCUUACUUCAAAAGCCACCCGGAGGUCCGAGAUCAGCUGCGGAAAGCGCUCGUCAAUCUCUCAGGCACGGCCUUCAGUUUACAGCAACUGUUUUAUGACCUGGACAAUGCCGUGCUGCAAACGGUCCCGGAUUUCAGCACCGUGACUGAUCCCGACGCCAAACAUGUGCUGGAAACCUACUUCCGCAAUAUCUACACCAAGACUGCCAAAGAGCACGGCUUGCCGCUUGUCGCUGUCACUGCGGUCACGCAGCCCGACGACGAGUCAACCUUGAAAAUGACCGCAUUCGAGCGCAUCGUGAAUACAGUGGCGGCCGAACCGGCCGCCACCACAUUGGACCAUCUGUGUGCAAUCAACAACAACCCCGUACCGCGAAUCUCCGGGUUGGACUGGAAUUGGAUGAAACCACAGGACCUCGAAGAAAGCAGCGGAAUCAUUGCCAUAAACCGCAACAUCUUGGCUGCCUUUGUUGCGGCCAACCUUGACAUGACUCAGUAUUGCUUUUUGCCAGACGUUCAAUCAAGUGGGAUCUACCUUGAUCCUCUUGUUGGUGGAAAAUCCCUGGCAACAGUGUCCGCGAGCGGGAGCCAUGUGAUUCAUGGGGAACACAGAGGCUACGACGAGGGUUUCCAGGAGCUCGCAAAGACGACUUUAAUGUCCCCCUGGCUUUCCCGCAUUUUCACACAGGUCGAGAACAAUUAUUCCCUCGAUGUAUUUUUCGAAGAGCGGACUAUCCGGGUAGAACAAUGGUCUCGAAUCAACGUUUCCUGUACCCAGGUCAUUAAUAACAAUCUGGACUCCACGCAUCAGAUUAGUCUGAACCUGAUUGAUAAGACCCGGACCGACACGUACAGCAUUUCAGUCAGUCAGAAUGGAGCGUUGCAGCUGGUGAAUAUCAACGAGGACAUCGUGGAUCGGUCGGAGAGCCCGCCAGAGAAGAAGGAGGCCAGCCUGGAUAUUAACAAUCCCGGAUCGUGGAUUGUGGGCAUUUGGGAUGAUAUUCUUUCAUCGGGGACGUCCCGUGCUAUAGAAGGCGCACUGGAUAACAUUGACCGCGCCGCUGCCGACCUACACGAGCUGGAAAUCAGUCAGCUCCAGAGCUUUGUGUUCCCGGGGGCCCGCGUUUUCACCUACAAGGACCCAUUUUUCUCGGACCACGAGGACCUGGUCUGCAAGAUCACAUAUGUUGAUCCCGUCAAGGUUAGCCCAGCCCAGCCGCAAGGUCAUCAGCAGCAGCAGCAGCAGCAGUCGCCGCUUCAGGAGGAGCAGCCGUCGCCUGUGGCUGGAAGCCCCCCUGUCCCUCCCUCUCUUCUGCCUGGCUCUGUCGGGAAGCUGACAGCCUCCACAGAAUUAAUGCAGAACUACGUGCAAGGUCAGGUUGUCUCACCUACCGGCAAGUUUGAGGCCCUACAGAGCUUGGAUGGUCAUGCUCUUUUAUUCGCCGUUGACUCUUCGGGAGUCUUGAACGUUUUCGAGGAACAAAGCGGUACAUGCCACACUGGAUGGCAGGUCCAUGAUCUUUCAACCGCGGCUAUACGCGCCCAGUUUCCCGGCUGCAGUGCGACGGUUCGCACCUUUGAUGUCGGUCAGAGCGCUGUGGACGGCACCAUUGGGCUGAUGAUGGCUGUAAGUCUGGAUGGGAAUGACCAUCUUUUCAUGUCACUAGCCAAUUCAAAUGGGGACACAUCAUGGACAGCCCAUCCGACAUGGACCAUGGUGCCAUUUGAUGCGAUACAUGAGCUACCCCAGGCGAUUACCAUCACCGGGGCACUCUUUGCCGAGACUCGCGACCACACACAGUAUUUAGUUGUUGAUAUCGACCGACCGCUGGGGAAUAAGGGUGACCCGCACAUUGCCCGCUAUCACAUCGACCCUACUCGAGUGAGCGGCCGUUCCUGGAUUAAGCAUGAUGUUACGGUUGACAUCGCGACGGCUGCAUAUCAGAGUGUCGUGGGCCGGGUGAGCGGGAAGCCAGUGGAUGGCAUCUACACCGUGGGCAUCACAGGAGCAGGGAGCCCCCAGCUGGUAUAUGAACCGAUCAUCAACUACUAUGGCCAUGGUCCUGCCACGCCGCGCCGGCUACAUCUGCCUGGAGGUGCAAUUCCCUCGUCAAUGGCCACAGCUCGCAAUCCUGACGGGUCGACUGACCUCUAUGCAACUGGGGAGGACUCGACCCUGUACCGCUUCGCCAGUGACAAGCAGGAAGAGAACCUAGAACCAAUGGUAGUACUCACCAACGACCUCCUGUCUGGGACUGAUACACUGCGGGUUAUGACUCGCGAUGAGGUGACAACUCUAUGGGGGAGGAAUCGAAGUAACCAGGUAUAUUAUAUAACCUGUCUUACCAGUCAAGUCAAUGAACCGGGCUCAUGGAGCGCUCCCAUGCCGAUUCUUGAUGCUGUCGAGCGGUUUUCGCCUUAUGUCAACCGAGUGGAUGGUGGCAACACCAUCUUCGUGGCUGGCAAUGGAAGGCUCCGCAAGCUCAUGCAGGGUUCAGCGGAGACAGGAAAAGUAUGGCAAGCCCAGGAGAUUACCCUAGCAGCUCCCCCAGAGCAAAAUGCUACCUGUUUCAUGUCGUAUACUAGUUAUAUCCAUGUUACCCAGAUGGAUCAGCAGCUCUCAGCUCCAUACGCACGGGUGAAUCUCUCCGCCAACUGUCGCAUUCCUGUCUAUAUUAACGGGCUCUACUAUGUUCUGUCUACCGCCCCUAUCCAGAUCGCGACUGAUGCCACUGGCUCGCUUACUGUCAUUCAGGCAACGGGGGACAAUUUUAGCAGUGCGAUAUUGACUGUCGCCUUGGAGAAUACAAGCCUCGCAAUUAAUCCGGCAGACCAGAUGUUCGCUAAAUUAACUGCACUCGAUUCAGCUGAAAAGCUACGGAGCGCCCAGUUUCCAAAGCAAACUGUGGCCGGUGGCAUUCUUGGGUCACCAGAGUUUACGCCCUUAGUCGACCCAUCGAUCCCCGAUCGUGACGUGCAGGCCGUAGCACAGAAUCUGGGCCUUCUUCGAGAAGCUCGCGAUCGCAACGCUCGGGAACCAAAGAAGACAUCGCAUUUAGCAGCAGCAUCCACGAUGCGACUUCACCUGGGCGAUGAUCUUGGAACCCUCGCUGGCGACUUUGGAGAUUUCCUGGGAUCGAUUCCGGGCGCCAUCAGCUCUGCCUGGGGCGACACCUGGCAAGCACUGGAGAAUGCGGCGGGGAGUGUGGGGAGGCUCGUUUAUGAUACGGUCACGAACAGUCUACACUUCCUUGCGAAGAUCGGCAAGCAGAUUUACCAUGUUGCUCUGGAUACUUUGAAUGCUUUUAUAGGUGCUGCGCAAUGGGUGCUCAAACAAAUCAAGACGGCAUGGGAUAUGCUCAAAAUGUUCUUCCAAACCCUGCUGAAUUGGGGUGAUAUCUGUCGGACGAAGAAUGUGAUUCACAACCUCAUUAGGCUAUGGCUGCACGACCAGGUCAAUAAAAUUCCUCGCGCACGACAGGCACUGGAUAGCACUAUCUCGGAGGUUGAAAAACAGGUCAACAAAUGGGCUCGCGUUAGUGACUGGUCUCCUGGGCUUGGAGAGGAGGCAACCCGGUCCGCAUCAGGCACCGGCUCUGAUCCAUCCGAGAGCCUGACGCCCAGCGCGAAGCUAUUCUCUGACAAGUAUCGCGACCAUGCGCGUGAGCUACAGAUUCUGGGUGACUCGCCAGCACUCGACCUGGUCGAGAAUCUCCUCCUUGAACUGCUGACAGCCGUCUCAAACGAAGGCCAGGUGCUGGGCGCCGUGUUCAGCCAACUGCAAGAUCUGAUCAAGCAGUUUCAUUCAUUGUCUGUAGUGGAAAUUCUACAAAAGCUAGCAGCCAUCCUUGUGGACGGCACUCUGUCUAGCGUGCAGGUUGUCGUUGAUGCCCUCUUGAAUGUGCUGGCUGAGCUGGCCCAGUCAGCCCUUGAUGUGCUUGAUACCAAGAUCCACAUUCCCAUCAUCUCGGACCUUCUCAAUAUGAUUGGGGUGCCUGAUAUCUCUUUCCUCGACCUGUUCACCUGGAUCGGUGCCGUCGCCGUCACGGUGGUCUACGAGGUCACGGAAGGCCACUAUCCAUUCCCGGGGGGCGACAGCGAGGUGCAAACCCUUACCUCUGCAGCGAGCUGGGACGAACACCAAGGACCGGUUCUCAUGUCAACCUCGACACAAAAAGCAGUCUUCAUGAGCUGCCACCUAUUCAGCGGGAUUCUCUACCUAGUCGGAAAUUUUGUGACGGGUCUAGAAGCUGAAGAUCAAACGGAGAGCAUACCUCUGACCGUGGGCGCGAUCAUGGUCGGCCUGUCGAGUGCCGCCUCCUCAGCGGCGGGCGACUUUCUUGUCCCGAUGGACCCCGUCGACAGCCUACCCUUCAACAUCCUCUCCUAUAUCUCGAAAGGGAGCGCCAUCGCACUCAAGAUUGUCUUCUCCGGCCUCGCUCAGAAGAUUUUCAAUAAAAUCGGGGAGAAAGCCCCCGUCCUCCGCACCGGCAACCUCGUCGUCAAGGACCAUCGCGGAACAGGUGCCUUUCUCGACGCCGUGCUCUGUCUCCACGAUAUUGUUGUAACAACCUGGCACUUCUAUGAACUGAGCCAGAAGACCAACGAUACAACGCGCUCCACGGCGUUUGCGGGUGAAGCCGCUAAUCUGGCGUCGUAUGUCUCGCGGAUCAGCUAUGCGUUGGCAGUCAACGAUGAGGAGCAGGAUACGCGCCUGGCGUUCAUUUUGGUGAUGGGAGCUGCAAAUGAUGUUUACGGGGGGUGGAAGCUGGCGGAGGUUGCGACGGGUGCGUCGCUCUUUUGA